AUGCGUCGCGGUGGCCGUGGAAAUGUAAAUUUAGGAGGUAUGACUUGGCAGGAAGUGCUCGAAUUUAAUGCUCGCACUGGUCCUACCAAGCUGUAUCCUGAUCGUGACCUCCCUAUCCAACGAUCAAUUCGUCCACAUGAGUUGUUGGAGAUUCGGUUUUUUAACGAAAUUCGAAACUCAUUUAUCCAAGAAAGUGCAUUCUAUGUACGAAAAGAAAAAGCAAAUGCAGUCCCAAUUAACGACGAUGGGCUUGUGCGAUAUAGUGAUCGCAAUAAACCAAAACGAAAGAACGAAAAUCUGCGACUGAGCGACUUGGAUUUGGAUCCAAAGUUUUUUCCUGAAGAGCUUCGCAAGACACUAGGAGCUGAAGGUGGAAUCAAGAAGAGAGCUAGGCGGAAAUUGGAUAUGAAGACGUUCAUCGAUUUUACAAUCAACACUGAAGAUUUGAAGGACGACGCUCCAGAAACUGCCAAUCCUACCAAUGAAGAAGUGCCUGAAGAGGUAGAAGACGAAGACGAAGACUUCGGCGAUGACGACGACAAUGAUUAUGGUGAAAACUACUUUGAUAAUGGUGAAGGAGAUGAUUUUGAGGACUAUGAAGGAGAGGAUGGCGGUGUCCUUGACUGA